GCAUUCCAAACCUAACCUCUUUAACAAAAUUACUUUACAAUAUCACCCUUCUAAAACCUCACUUACACUCAUAAAUUCCUCAAUUACAGGGGUAAAUUCGUCAAUAAAAUUGUUCUAAACUAAAACCCUUUCUUUUCAUUUCUUUCUCACCAAGCACUGCUUUGCUUCUUAUAUUUCCUUUCAUUUUUCUUUCUACAAUUACUUCUCUCAAUAUACCCACUUUGCCCUUCAGCUAUGUCAAUGUCUAGAGUAGCUUUAUCACGCGUCUCAAGGAGCGUGGGUCGACGCUCCCCCCUCCUCCUCCUCUCUCCGUCGCAGAAACUACAGCAAUCGCCCAUCUUCUCCAAUCAAAUCGACUCUCUGGUUCAUUUAAAUCCUAACCAGUUUGUUGCAGGCCAGGUCUCUUUAUUUCAUCAUUCAGCCUUUAGUUCUUCCCCAUUUCAACGAUUUGGAUUUGCUUCAUCUGCUUCCCCUGAGGCUAACGAAAAGGAGGGGGGCACUGCGGAGAAAAAUGGCGACGCCUCAAAUGCUGAAUCAGAAAAAUCAAAUGGAGAAUCAAAGCUUUCUGAUCGGCCGGAAGAUUCUACUUCUGGUGAGACCAAAAAGUCAGAUUCAGAUGCUGAGGAGGAUCUAUCUAUGGAUGAUUUGGUGAAACUUGUGGCUGAAAAGGAAGAGCUUCUGAAGCUGAAGCACAAAGAAGUUGAAAAAAUGCAAGAUAAAGUUCUUAGGACAUAUGCAGAAAUGGAGAAUGUCAUGGAAAGAACAAAACGUGAAGCGGAAAACACUAAAAAGUUUUCCAUACAGAAUUUUGCAAAGAACCUACUUGAUGUUGCUGACAAUCUAGGAAGAGCUUCUUCAGUUGUCAAAGAAAGUUUCUCAAAAAUUGAUACAUCUACCGACUCCGCUGGGGCAGUUCCGCUCCUUAAAACACUUUUGGAGGGAGUUGAAAUGACCGAAAAACAGCUUGCAGACGUGUUUAGGAAAUUUGGAAUUGAAAAAUAUGUGCCUGUAGAUGAGCCCUUUGAUCCACAUAAGCAUAAUGCAGUAUUCCAGGUACCGGAUUCUUCUAAGCCUCCUGGGACAGUUGCAGCAGUUUUAAAGGCAGGAUAUGUUCUUCAUGAACGUGUUAUUCGACCAGCUGAAGUUGGCGUAACUGCAGAAGUAGAGAAUGAUACAGAAUCAAAUUCAAACAAUUAGAUCUGUUUAAAGACAAGGGUAUAGAUUUUGCAAGUUUUGCAUUUUUCAAGAAACAAGAAAAAAGGGAAUGUAAUGUCGUCUUCCCAGAGUAGCCUAUUACGAUCUUAAAUUUUUUUGUCCUCGAUAUUUUAAUACUUAUCGGCCAUAAAUUAUGCUGCCGACUGAGCAUUACUUUUUAGCUUAUGAUACAAGUUUCAUGUUGCCAGGCAUGGAUUUGUAGGACACAACUUCAUGAUAUAAUUUGGUUUUUGCUGGCGAACUUUUGCUUGUUUUGUUGGAAAACCAGAAACAUUGUUGUAUGUUUUGCUGAAGAACCUAACCAUGGUCUCAUAACUGUAAGAUUGCCAUUAUUUAUGAAGUUCAAUCUCAAAUUGGCCAUAUUUAUCUAA